AUGGCGGCCAAAGUUGAUGUAAGUUGAGUUACUAUUAUCGAGGGUUAGAUCUUAGUCAAAUUAAAUGUUUUAAACCUCUUUUAUUUUUUAAACAGGGUCUGAGAAAUGCAAUCGAUCAAGCGACCCAGGCUGGGGAGGAAUUUAGUAAUGUCUACUACGAGACUUUGGACAAACGACGCCACGUGAGUUCUUCGUUAGUCAGUUCUACGACUUACCAAAUGCUUCGGUAUUCGUUCCCUAAAUCCGUUGAUGGGAGACUCGAUUAUGUCGUGAUCUUCCCGGUUUAUUUUGUUUUUGCAGCUUAUGUCGAAACUAUACUCAGAGAAUACUACAAUCGUCUGGAAUGGAAAUGUAGUUAAAGGUGGAAGUGCUAAGGUGACGGAUUUUUUCAACAACCUUCCAGCUACGGAACACACGCUCCAUUCACUGGAUUGUCAACCAGUUUCAGGUACUAAGAGUGUUAAAACUGCAGAUUAUGGAGGCACUUGUUAAGAUCUUAUUAUUCAAAAUUAUUUCAGUUCCACGUACCAUGUUAUUCCAUCAUUAUUUCUGUCAGCAAUAGUUUGAAUCCGGGGUUGACAUGUCAUCUUGAAGUGUGAUCGUCCGGUGAGUGAAGUCCUGAUAAGGACCGUUGUCUGUAGUUGUGGCUGAUGUUUAAAUAACCUGAGCGGAAUUCAUCAUCAACUGAUGACUGACUGAUGAUCUGGUGAUGAUUUCCCCUAGGUUUGUCAAAACGUCAGUCACCACCAGCGACAACAGUCCUUCCCAGGACUGCUCUCGCCUGGACAAUCAGACAACACAAUUUCCAUAAUAAUUCUUAAAAUUUUCCAACAAAUUAUGGCCCUGCACUCUGUGGUUAACUGAUUGAACCUUUAAACCCCUUAGAUUGAAUGACUAGUAUCCCCUGAAUCAAUUAUUAAACUAUGAGAAUAAAGGGUAUGAUUGCCAACUGAAGAGGCUUUGGUUGUUACCAAAAAAUACAGAAUGAGUGAUUUAAGGUUGUAAAGGGUUAAUGGUAAAGUAAGAAUGGUCUGAAGCCAUCCAAAAACAAAUUCUUAUUCCAUUUGUUUGCUGUUGGACUAUACUUUGAUUAAAUGACCUUGAAUUGGUGAUGCAAAGCAAUUCUCUGAAAGGUUAGAUAUUUUUAGUCCUUCCUCUCGUGGCUUUUAGCUGAGUGGAUCAAUCCCUUCACUGAAGAAUUUAAAAGGUGCAAAUUCAACAUCAGUUUUGAAAUGUACUUCACAACAUGAAUCAGAGAAACACGUUAAAUUCUAACUUAAAGAUAAUGGUCAGAGUUAGGAACACCAAUUGAGGGGAAACAAACGAUUUGAACACUUCUAGUUGUGGCCCUGGGGCUCAAAGCAGGUACCAGUACCUCAGCUUGCAAUUCCAGGGCCCUCUCUACAAACCCUUUUUCACCAUGCCUAUGAUUUACUUGUGUUUCUUUCUACAAUCAGAUCAAGCCAUCCCUGGGCAAACAACAGUUCUCGUUGUGGUUGAGGGAUUGGUUAAGUAUGAUGGGCACAAGAUGCAUCGGUUUUCUCAAAACUUUCUGUUGACUGCUGAGGGAGGAACUGUGUGGAAAGUGGCGAGUGACUGCUUCAGAUUUAUCCAGUGAAGGACUUGGUGGAAUUCAACAACAUUCUAUUGAAGUUGUGCCAAUAUUUAUUUGAAUCAUUGGUUUGACAGAGGCAUGUACACUCUGUAUAAUGGUGUGCUGCAUGUGGCCCCAAUGCAAGAGAUGAGAUGUGAAAUACAUAUACUCUAAUAAAAUGUCUGGGGAGUGGACUGCCACAAGUUGUCACUGCCCUCCAUGCAGUAGACAGUAACACAAACCAUCAAGAUGUGGAGUGUGUGAUCUUGUGCAAGAGAUACAAAAAAACUAAACUUUCCAUGCAUAAAGCUGAAUCACUGCUGAAUAGAAAGAACCAAUUGACAACUUUUUAAUUUUUAAGACAAAGUCUUAAAAAUUAAGGUGCCUCAAUCAGAAUGUACCAUGAGACAUAUUUCUCUUUUCAAGUACAUUACUCAAUGAUAAAUCCAUAACUUUACAUGCUUUUCUUCUUCCAGAGUCAAUACAAAUGAUUAACAAAUUGGUCAUUUUUAAUACAAUUAUGUUCUAUGCAUGUCCGAUGCCUAAGAACGUACUCUAUGUAGGUGAAAUAUUUCUUCUUUCAUUUAAACUGGUACCAGCUAUUCCCAUGUAAGAUAUUGACCGAAG